AUGGCCACCACCGACGAGGACAAGCACUCCAAGAUGGAGAUGCCUGGCUCUCCCCCGAGUCUCGACGGCGAAAUUCACAUCGCCGACAACGCCGAUGGCCUGCAGCGCCGCCUGAAUAACCGCCAGAUCCAGCUCAUCGCCAUCGGAGGCUCCAUCGGCACCGCCCUCUUCGUCAGCAUCGGCGCUGGCCUCGCCAAGGGUGGUCCCGCCAGUCUUCUCAUCGCAUUCACCCUAUACCCUCUCGUCCUCGGCCUCGUCAACAACUCGAUUGCUGAAAUGACCGUCCUCUAUCCCGUCUCUGGGGGCUUCAUCCGUCUCGCCGGUCACUUUGUCGACGACGCCCUUGGCUUCAUGAUUGGCUGGAACUUCUUCAUCUACGAAGCUCUGCUCAUUCCCUUUGAAAUCACCGCGCUCAACCUCGUCAUUGGCUUCUGGGAUAGUCGCGUAAAGCAACCUGGCCCUACUGCUGGAAUCUGUGCCGCCGUCAUCAUCUGCUAUGCUGCUCUCAACAUUCUCGCUGUCCGUGGCUAUGGUGAAGCUGAAUUCUGGCUCUCUGGCGGCAAAGUCAUUCUUCUCUUCAUCCUCUUCGCCUUCACCUUCAUCACCAUGGUCGGUGGCAACCCCCAGCACAAUGCCUAUGGUUUUACCCACUGGAAGCACAUUGCUUUCCAAGAAUACAUUUCCACAGGCGCCAAAGGCAGAUUCGAAGGCUUCCUUGGUGCUCUUUGGAGUGCCAGUUUUGCCGUUGUCGGUCCCGAAUACAUUUCCAUGGUCGCCGCCGAGGCUAAGCGCCCCCGAAUCUAUAUCAAGACCGCCUUCAAGACCAUCUACUGGCGCUUUGGUCUCUUCUUCUUUGGAAGCGCACUCGCUGUCGGUAUUGUCUUGGCUUGCGACAACCCAACCCUCGUCAACGUACAGCUUGGUGACGGUGGCAGCUCCGACGCUGGCGCCUCGCCCUACGUCAUUGCCAUGGAGGCCAUGGGUAUUCAGGUCCUCCCGCACAUUGUCAACGCUCUCAUGCUUACCUCCAUCUUCUCUGCCGGAAACACUUACACCUACUGCGCCACCCGCUCCCUCUACGGUCUCGCUCUCGAGGGACGCGCCCCUGCCUUCCUGCGCAAGUGCAACAGCCGUGGUGUGCCCAUCUACUGUUUCUUUGUCGUCAUGUGCUUCCCCUUCCUCUCCUUCCUUCAGGUCGGAAGUGGCUCCGCCAUCGUUGUUACCUGGUUUGUCGACCUCAUCACCGCUGGUGGCAUCAUCGACUACAUUGGCAUGUCCAUCACCUUCAUCUUCUACUACCGCGCCUGCCAGGCACAGGGUGUCGACCGCAGGAACCUCCCUUACUACGGCCGCUUCCAGCCCUACGGUGCAUACAUUGCCAUUUUCAUUCAAUUCCUCAUCAUCUUCUUCUACGGUUACACCGCCUUCUCUCACCCCAUCACCCCUGACAAGUUCUUUAAAAACUACACCAUGCAGUGCCUCGCCCCCAUCCUGUUCUUCGGCUGGAAGCUCCUCAAGCGCACCAAGCUCAAGAACCCUGCUGAGGUUGAUCUUGUUUGGGAGCGUCCCACCAUUGACGCCUACGAGAAUCGCUUCACCGAGCCCCCUGUUGGCUUCUGGACCGAAAUGCUGGCUCUUUUCGGCUACAAGAAGAGCAAGGUACGACAGAUUGAGGGUUAA